GUUCGUAUGUUUAAUUUACCAGAUAAACUUCCGGUUAAACAUGCCAGUUAGAUUUGUUGGGAAAAAAAGCUUUUUUCGAGGGAACACUUUGUUUUGGUUGGCAGCAAAUUUGAGAAAUAAUGGUGUCGGAAGAGUUGUUGUUCGUACAAGAGAGGAGCGGGAAUAUCCAGAGAAAUGUUAUUACGUUUUAACCAAUGUCAAACCAGAUUUCUCCGAACCGAAUUUACUGAAAGGUGAAGUGUGGGGAGAACGCAUAUUUAGAGGAAAAAAAUGUGGAAUUCAAAAAGUUGAAAAACCACAUCAAAAAGACUGGAAACUUAUUCCAAAAGAGGAGGAAGCAGAAUACUGUCAGAUAACAGAUGUAUUUGAAGAGACAAAAUAUGUACCUAAACUUAUACCAUUUCCUCCUUUGAUGGGAGUCAUUCUCCAGGCAAGGAAUAACUUACCUCAAAAACCAUUGUUAAAAAUAAACUUACCUGAAGGUGCUGAAGGAUUUGAGGAAGAUUAUGUACAAGACGAAGGAGACAAGGUGAUAGGCAUCGUGUGAAUAAAUCUUAUAAAGUCCCUCAAAAUCUUAUCAAGUCCCUCAAAAUCUAAUUUGUUUAUUGUGUGGUAGAAAUAUAAAUGUUGCAUCAGAUAUCCUUGAACUAAAUGUGUUUUUAAACAAUUAUACAAAGAAAAAGCCUCCAAUAACAUAUUCUGUUGAGAGUGUUAAGGCCAUAAAAAAUCAAACAGUGACUAAACCAAUAAAUACUUUGUGUAC